AAAGAGAGAGGCCAAGGCUGAGAGUUCCAGACCAGAGAGAGAACUGGAACUCUAGAUUUCAUUCAUUCCCAUAUUCCAUAUGGUGGCGAUAACAUGGACCUCGAAUCUGUCUCUCCUGCUCCAAGGUCUGUCUGUGGCCUUGGUGGCCUCCUUGACCUCCGCAGCCGUUGAGUUCAAGCACCACAACAACACGGAGCUGGCCGAGGUCCUCCAGAGGAUCCACAACCGAUGUCCGGACAUCACCCGACUCUACACAUUGAGCGAGACCAGCGUCAACGGGAUCCCGUUGUACGUGCUCGAGAUCACGGACAACCCUGGCAAACAUGAACUCAUGGAACCGGAGAUGAAGUUUAUCGCCAAUAUGCACGGUAAUGAGGUUUUGGGUCGGGAGUUGCUCCUUCACUUGGCGGAUUAUCUCUGUGAGGAGUAUAUUGGUGGAAACCAAGAGAUCCGCAAAUUGGUCGACUCAACCAGGAUCCAUGUUCUUCCCAGUAUGAAUCCAGAUGGCUGGAAGAUCGCUACUGACAGUGGACCAGGAAAGGACUUCUUGAUUGGACGAUCUAACGCCAACAACGUGGAUUUGAAUCGAGACUUCCCGGACUUGGACAAGAUUAUUUAUUCCCCAGGGAAUGAGUUCAACAACCAUCUCAUGGAUCUUGUCGAUCAUCUAGACCAUAGGGUCCAACCCGAGACUGAGUCAGUGAUGAAGCUUAUCAUGGAACAUCCCUUUGUGGUGUCUGCCAAUUUGCAUGGAGGAGAUUUGGUGGCCAAUUACCCCUUCGACGAGAGCCGCAAUGUCAUGAACCCCACAGAAUACUCUGUUAGUCCGGAUGACGAGACUUUCAGGUUCAUCGCUCAAACGUACUCCACCAAUCAUCCGAGAAUGGCUGACCCUCAAGCUAAGGGAUGUGACCGACCUGAGAGUAGCUUUGGCAAGCAAGGUGGAAUCACCAAUGGAGCUGCAUGGUAUUCUGUAGCCGGAGGAAUGCAAGACUUCAAUUACCUCUCUUCAAACGAUUUUGAGAUCACCCUGGAACUUGGUUGCGACAAGUACCCACCUGCCUCACAAAUCAAAUUCGAAUGGGACGACAACAAACAAUCCCUCCUGGAAUUCAUCUGGUUGUCCCAUGCCGGUCUCAAGGGAUUAGUAAUUGACGGACAAACAGGACACGGGAUCCCCAAUGCCAAUAUCCACGUGAGGAACAUUACACGUGUGGGUAAAUAUGAGCGUCGAAGCACAGACAUUGACCACGACAUUCGAUCAGUCCACAAUGGCGACUAUUGGAGGCUGUUGACCCCCGGAGAGUAUGAAAUCACCGUAGAAGCCCCGGGAUACGCCCCACAGAGCAAGCUGGUUGAGGUCGACCGUCACGUUCACGAAGAGGCUCCCAUUCUCAACUUUGAGCUGUUUCCACUCCCAGCUACGCCAGACUACUUACCUUACGACGUCAGCCCUCUGAUGGAUGAAUCCGACAUGGCCAACAUGAAUUACAACUACAUGGAGGAAGCCCCAAGGAUGGACUAUUUCUAGGUUCAGUCACACUCAUGUUGCACAACAAUCAUCAGCAUAUCAACCCAAGAUGAACAAAAAACACCUUCAAAUCUACAAACACAAGGCAACCAAAAUAACAUCUUGAACGUUUCAAACCCGACAUGCCAUCUCCCAAGAAGAGUAAUUAACCCCCCUCCUCCCCCAAUAUUUUUUCAAAUUGCCUCUGCCUCCUCCCAUCCCUAGUUCUACGUAGAUUCCUCCCCAUUAAAACGAUUCAUAUUUUUAUGAGCAUCAACUAAUUGGUAAAUAAAUAGGGCUUUUUGUAACAAAAAGAA